AUCUCUUUUAUAGAUAAAACGAAUAUGCUUCCUCCAAUUCUUCCUAUACACUUAUACAGUCGCACACUUGAAAACUUAUUCGAUCUCAUACUCACUCAGACAGACCCACUACGCCAUUUUUAUCAACAAACUCUACUGAGCUCCCAGCAAUCCCAUUAAGGUUUGUGUAUAUUGGUGGAAGGAAGCAAUUGAGAUGGCACAUUUACUUUCAACUUCAUGCUCGAUAAAAUUGUCCUCUGGCUGCAAACGUUACUCUAAGCCAUUGAACCAAGGCUUAGAGGCAUUUCCUACCUCUUUUACCUUGCAAGCUUCCAAAUAUCCAUUUAGAAGCUGUGUCUCACAAGGGCAGAAGCCACUAAGAAAUUAUACUGUCCAUGCAACAACGCUUCCUAUAAGUAAGGAAGCCCCACCUCAACCCAGUUCUGACACCCAUCAGACCUCCAAUGAACCAUCCAAGCCACAGCGGGUCAUGGUCAUUGGUGGAGAUGGCUACUGUGGUUGGGCCACUGCCCUCCACCUAUCCAACAGAGGUUACAAGGUUGCCAUUGUUGACAGCCUUGUACGUCGUUAUUUUGACCACCAGCUUGGCACUGACUCCCUGACUCCAAUCUCCUCAAUCCAAAACCGCCUCCGCCGUUGGAAAUCUCUCACUGGAAAAAGCAUUGAACUCUACAUUGGUGACAUUUGUGACUUUGAGUUCUUAUCAGAAACCUUCCAGUCGUUUGAGCCUGAUGCUGUUGUCCAUUUUGGGGAACAGCGGUCUGCUCCUUACUCUAUGAUUGAUCGGUCAAGAGCUGUUUUUACUCAGAACAACAAUGUGAUCGGAACACUCAAUGUGCUAUUUGCUAUAAAAGAGUUUAGAGAACAGUGCCAUCUAGUGAAGCUUGGAACCAUGGGAGAAUAUGGGACUCCAAAUAUCGAUAUUGAGGAGGGUUACAUUACAAUUACUCAUAAUGGAAGAACGGAUACUCUGCCUUAUCCCAAACAAGCCAGCUCAUUCUAUCAUCUGAGCAAGGUUCAUGAUUCAAAUAACAUAGCCUUCACUUGCAAGGCUUGGGGGAUUAGAGCCACUGAUCUGAAUCAAGGAGUGGUUUAUGGGGUGAGGACAGAUGAGACUGAGAUGCAUGAAGAACUUUGUAACAGAUUUGAUUAUGAUGGAGUGUUUGGAACUGCAUUGAAUCGGUUCUGUGUUCAGGCUGCUGUUGGUCAUCCACUUACUGUGUAUGGCAAAGGUGGCCAGACCAGGGGAUAUCUUGACAUAAGAGACACUGUUCAGUGUGUUGAGCUUGCGAUCGCAAACCCUGCACAGCCUGGUGAGUUUCAGGUUUACAAUCAAUUCACUGAGCAAUUUUCUGUCAAUGAACUCGCCGCACUUGUUACAAAAGCGGGAGAGAAGCUUGGGCUUAAUGUUCAGACCAUUACUGUGCCAAACCCAAGAGUAGAGGAAGAGGAACAUUACUACAAUGCCAAGCACACUAAACUUGUUGAGUUGGGACUUGAACCACACCUUCUUUCUGACUCUCUUCAGGAUUCAUUACUCAACUUUACUAUCAAGUAUAAGGAUCGUGUUGACACAAAACAGAUAAUGCCUAGUGUUUCUUGGAGAAAAAUUGGGGUCAAGCCAAAGACCAUUACAGCAUAAUUUAGAUGUAAUUUAUAGCUAUAGACACAUGAUCUGUUGAUAAAUUUGGACAUAACAAUCUUGUAUCAUCCUCUUUGUUUUCUCUCUUUUGGUAGGUUUUGUUUUGCUGCACCUUUAUGAACUUCGAACAUUAAUCUAGUCUAUGUUUGCUUA